AGAGAGUUUGCUAAGAGGGAGAUUAUCAUAUGAUAGUUUUAUAUCUUUUAUAUAUUAGUUUUUCUUAUAUGUAGAUGAGUUGAUCAAAUUAUAUUAAAUUAUUAUAUGUCUGUAGUAUAAUUUUUUUGUCGCCUUAUUUAACGUCAUUGGAGGUUGGCAAUUAUUAGCUUUUGUAUGAGCCCUGAUUAUUUCGAUCCCAACAUUUACCUAACCCCUUGAAUUUUAUAUUUAUAUUUAAAAAAAGGUAGUGCUUCAUCAUAUCAUCUCAAACGUACGAUAAUAGAUAAUGGUACGGUUUCAUGAGAUUUACUUUCCAUUUCAUCCAGUCCUUUAAUAAUCUGCAAAUUUAAUUUGUGUAUCCUUAUAGAAUAUAAGUUGCUAAGCUAACUAGCUGAAUGUUGGAUAAUUCUUUGUCGUCGUCGUCGUCGCGGCCUACGAUAGCUUUUCCUCUAGGUCUAGCUCUUCUUGUCCUUGUCCUUGUUUGUAUAAGUGGAUUAUUUUCUUGUUGCUACCAUUGGAAUAAGCUUCAAUCCCUUCUUUGUUAUGAAGAUGAUCAAUCCUCAUCAGAUGAUGAUUCAGUUGUUUCACCUAAUCCUAAGUCUAUACAGGUGGAGCACAAAAAUGGUAAUGAGAGCUUGAUAGUAUUGAUGCCCGGAGAUGAUGUUCCAAAAUUUGUGGCUUUGCCUACUCCCCGUCGCUCUACUCUCCAAAUCGAAACGCUUUCGUCUCAAUUUAUGUAGCAACAAUUGGAAUUUCGAGAGUUAAGCAAGUUUUUGUUUGACUAGAA